AUGACAGCCAGAGAAAAGGGUGGAAAUGUUGUGACCCUACAAUUGGAAGAGCAAAAGUUGGAUAAUUUGGCAUCUGGGUACCAUUCUUGGGCUGAUUUGAUUUUACCCAUUUCGAGAAAUCUGCCUUUGAAUGAUGGGUUGUGGUUUGAAGUUCAGAAUUCAACUGAUACGGAGUUGAAGGAGUUCAAGAUUCCACAAAAUGCGUAUAGGGCUGUGUUGGAGGUGUAUGUUUCAUUUCAUGAGAAUGAUGAAGUUUGGUAUUCAAAUCUUCCUAAUGAGUACAUAGCUGCAAACAACCUUAGCGGUACACCUGGAAAUGGGCCUUUUAGGGAGGUUGUGGUCAGUCUAGAUGGUGAGGUUGUUGGUGCAGUCUGGCCUUUUACUGUGAUUUUCACUGGAGGGAUCAAUCCUCUUUUGUGGAGACCCAUUACUGCAAUUGGCUCAUACGAUCUUCCGACUUAUGAUAUUGAAAUUACACCAUUUUUAGGGAAGAUAUUAGAUAGGGAGAGCCACAAGUUUGGGUUUAAUGUUACAAAUGCCUUAAAUGUUUGGUACAUUGAUGCAAAUUUGCAUCUGUGGUUGGAUAAACAGAGCACAAAAACUGAAGGAAAGCUUUUGAAACAUAGUAGCUUGCCCGUUGUUGUUUCCCUGGUUUCAUAUUUCAAGGGUUUAAAUGGCACAUUUUUGACAAGGACAAGCAGGUCCGUGUCAUCAACUGGAUGGGUGAAGUCUUCCUAUGGGAAUAUCACAACCCGUUCAAUUCAAGACUUCUAUUACAGUAAUUCAAUGGUCCUGGGGAAAGAUGGUAAUAUGCAGAUAGUCAACCAGAAGAUCAUUUUCAAUGACUCAGUUCAUAUUAAGCUGCCAUCCUCCUAUGUUCACUCACUGACAUCACACAAAACAUUUCCACUUUAUUUGUACACUGACUUCUUAGAACGAGGAAAUGGAACUUAUUUAUUGAUUACAAGUGUGGACUUGGGAUUUAUUGAGAAGAAGUCUGGUUUGGGAUUCUCGAACAGCUCUCUCAGAAAUCUGCAGAAUGCUGAGGGCAAUAUGGUUGUGAAAAACAAUUUGGUUGUGAGUGGAUUGGGGAGCACACAGCAAGUCUACGCAUACGAUGGUGGCAAAUUCUGUUACUUCAGAAAUAUAAGCAGCUCAAACUACACAAUACUCUAUGACAAGGUGGGGAGCAAAUGCAACAAAAAAUCGUUGUCUAAUUUGGAUUUUGGCUUAAGCAGACUGUGGCCUUUUGGUGCUCGAAUUUCUGGCCUUUUGGUGAGAACAAUUACCAAAGUCUAGCUCGUUCAUAUUCAUGCAUCUUCCUGUUUGGUGGUACCUCAAAUAAAUAUGUAAGUAUUAUGUACUCAAUUUCAUUUUGUGGGGGUUCUAGAUUGUAGUUAAGGUAUCUGCAUUAAAAGUGAUUCUGGUUUUA